AUGUUCAUUAGGCGGCGCUUCUUUAGCAUUAUUGGCAGAGCUAUGAAUGGUACACAGCAAUACGAGACAGAAGUCUUGAAAGUUAAUCCCUCUACUAUUAUCAUUAAUGAUGAAAAAAAGUCAAUAGAAUUUACUAAUAGUGAAACUAAGAAAGCUAUCGAGACAGCAGCUAGUUUGUUAAGAAGCUCACAAGUGGUGGGCUUUCCAACCGAAACUGUUUAUGGCUUAGGUGCUAGUUCGUUGUCAUCAGAUGCGGUUACAAAAAUAUAUGAGGCCAAAAACAGACCUGCUGAUAAUCCUUUGAUUUCACACAUCUCUUCAGUUGACAUGAUUAAAAAUGUUUUCAAAACCGAAGUACCUGAAAUAUACAACCCACUAAUAUCUAAAUUUUGGCCGGGGCCAUUAAGUAUAAUUCUACCGGUUUCCGAUGACUGUCCGGUAUCUCCAGUGGUAACUGCUGGACAAAAUACCUUUGCCGUUAGGAUGCCUGAAAACAAAAUUGCCAGAGCCUUGAUACAAGUUUCCAAUUUACCACUAGCUGCGCCUUCUGCUAAUGCAUCAACCAGGCCGUCACCAACUAAAGCAGAACACGUUCUACAUGAUCUGAAUGGUAGAAUCCCGUUGAUUCUAGAUGGUGGAUUGUGUGAUGUGGGGUUAGAAAGUACGGUUGUAGAUGGUACAGUGGACCCACCCAUGCUCUUAAGACCGGGAGGAGUGAGUUUAGAAGAAAUUCGUAAACUUGGUCAUGGAUGGGAAAACAUCGUUUUAGGUAAGAAGACAGCAGGACAGUAUGAAAAAGUCCGUACGCCUGGAAUGAAAUAUAAACAUUAUUCUCCUACAGCCAGAGUGAUUCUUUUCGAAAAUUUUGAUAAGCUGGAGUCUGCAAUUGAUACAUAUCUAAAAAACAGUACAAUCACGAGCAACACAAAAAUUGCUGUUUUGACUACCAAACAUUGGGACACUAGUGGCGGGGGGAAUUUGGUUAUACCUCUCGGAAAAGAGGGAGAAGAAAUUCAGCGUAAUCUAUUUGCGGCUUUAAGAGACGCAGAUGCACAGGAGGUUGACCUAAUUUUUGUUGAAGGUGUUGAUGAGGGUGAACAGGGAUUAGCAAUCAUGAACAGAUUGUCAAAAGCUGCAAGUGACAUAAUAUCGAAUAAGUAG